AAAACAGUAGCCGCCCAGUAGAAGAAAAUGAGCUAAAACCCUGAUCCAAUCAAAACAAAUUCCACCAUUUCUAUUCUCUAACACCGCCAUGAGACGAAGUUUUGUUAGAUUCUCCACCCCAAUCGGCAAACACGCCGCCGCUUUCUCCUCCGGCGCAGGCCGAGGUCGCGGCCGCGGUGCCGGCGGGGAUCCUCUCUUCAAUUUCAGCCGUACCGCUCCCGGUCAACCCGUAGAUGAUGACACCAAUGUCUCCGGUCCCGGCCAUGGCCGUGGCGGCGAUGAGAUUAGGGCUCCAGGCGCUCGGGCUUUUGUGGAUGAUGAUUUUGUUUUGGGUGACCCGGCCCGACCCGACCCGAGGGAGUUUGGGCGGAAGGUGCCCGAGUUUAUUCAGAGGUUUGAGGAAGAGCUAGCGGGUGACCGGAGUGAUGAGCUUGUUGGGAAUAGAGGGAAAGGGAAUGAGAGUGAAGUUCGUUCCGGGAUUUUGAAUGUAUUAGGUGGCGCGGGGCGUGGAUCGGUUAAUGGGGGAGGUUUUGGGCCUGGAAUUGGAGUUAGGCAGCAAGAGAAUAGGUUUAUUAGGGCUAGACAGGAAAAUGUGGGUACCCGUGAGAAUGUAAAGGCAAAUGUGAAUGAAAAUGUGAGUGUGAGGACCCCGUCGAAGAAGUUCAGUAAUCUCGAGGAUGCGAGGAAAAAUGCCAUUGAUAUUUUGUCGAGAGGCGAUGGGAGUGGGGAUGGAGGUGAGAGGGUGAUGGAGAGUGGGGGACGAGGUGAGCGGGUGAUGGAGAGUGGUGGACGAGGCGCUGGCCGGGGGGGUAGAGGGAGAGGAGGGAGGGGGUUUAGAGGGAGAGGUGGGAGAGGGGGGAGGUUUGGAGGGAGAGGGGAGCGUCGAGAUGAGGAUGAUGAUGAUGACGAGGAUGAUGAUGAUGAAGAUGCAAGUUUUAUUGGUGAUCCUGCUGAUGGUGAGAAAUUGGCUCAAAAACUUGGACCGGAUAUGAUGAAUAAAUUGGUGGAAGGCUUUGAAGAAAUGAGUGAAAGUGUGUUGCCUUCACCCCAACAAGAUGCUUUUAUUGAUGCAAUGCAUCUUAAUUACUCGAUUGAGUGUGAACCAGAGUACUUAAUGGGGGAUUUUGAAAGCAACCCUGAUAUUGAUGAGAAACCUCCUAUGACUCUUCGGGAGUGUUUGGAGAAGGCCAAGCCUUUUGUAAUGGCUUAUGAAAAUAUUCAAAGUCAUGAAGAGUGGGAGGAAGCUGUGGAAGAAACAAUGAAGAAUGUUCCCCUUAUGGAACAGAUUGUUGAAUACUAUAGUGGACCAGAGAGGAUAACUGCCAAGCAACAGAUGGAAGAGCUGGAUAGAAUUGCAAAAACUCUUCCUAAAAGUGUACCAGAUUCUGUUGCACGAUUUACAAAUCGUGCUGUUCUGUCGCUUCAGAGCAAUCCAGGGUGGGGAAUUGAUAAGAAAUGGCAGUUCAUGUCUAAGCUGGUCGGGGAGGUCUCAGAGCAGUCAAAAUAAGCUUGUCUGAUAGCACGAAUGAGAUGUGAUAAUUCUUUUUAUUGGAAUUUUACUAGUUGGAUCUCAGGUAAAUUGAGCUGCUAGGUACAGAGAUCAUUAUUGUGCUCAUGUUAACUUUCUUUUGGUGGCUGCUAAGAGAUUUAGUUUAGUUCUCUAUUUUCUUACAAGCUUGUUCCCUAUAAUAGCUUAUUUUAUGUAAAGUUUGAAUGAAUAUAUUUCAAACUUGUAAUAAUACUGUGUAGCAGUUACUUUGGCUGUUGUAAGUUGCACCUAUGUGUUGCUCAGAAAGAUGUUUUGAUGUGUACGAUACAAGUUUGGUGACAAGUACUUGGUCAAUAUCAA